UUGAAGAACAAAGGUAAAAAACAUACACAUGAUGUUGUCAAGAUUAGGAAAAGCUUGAUAUCAGUGUCCAAAGAAAAAUCACUUCCAGAAAUCCCAAUCAUUACAAAUGAUAGAAUUCUAAAAACGGUGUUUACUCAUAAGACUGCUGCUACUGAUCCAGCACUCUACGAUGUUGGAGAUUGUUAUGAAAGACUGGAAUUCAUUGGUGAUGCUUUCUUGAACUUUGUUAUAGCUCUCAUUUUGUUCCAAAAGUUUGAAAAGGCUCCAGAAGGUGGUAUGAGCUGGUAUAGGGACCGCUUAAGAAGUAAUUUGGUAUUCAGUGGAUGGGCUGCUGAUUAUGGGUUAGCAAAACAUUUACUACCAGAGAAUAUGGCUAAAACCAUUGGGGAAGAUUCAAGUAAAAGAGCUGCUGAUAUUUUUGAAGCUUAUGUUGGUGGGUUGUUGAUAUCGCAAACUAGUUCAGCUUCAAACAAUGGGUCAUUCUUCAACUUUGCAGGAUGUAAGCCAAUUGAAGAUUGGAUUAAAUCUUUGGUUGAUAGCAAAAUUCUUUUGCUACAAAAUGGUGAAGAAAUCCACGUCAGACCAAACCAGAAAACUCACAGAUCUUCUUCCUCAUCAUCUUCUUCAUCUUCCAAUUUGCAAAAUUUGGAAUGCUGGGGGCCUGUUUAUGAUGAAAAGUACAAAUAUGCCACAGAACAAUUAUAUUCAAUGCUUAAUCCAAACUUUGCUCCAGGUUAUGAAAUAGUUGAAGAGAAUCAAGAAUCUGGCGAUCAUAAGAAGGUUUAUAAAGCUGUUUGUAUUGUCGAUAAACAAAUACUUGGUAUCGGAAGAUCUACAACGAAAAAGGGAGCUAGAGCCAAAGCUGCUGAGUCUGCUUUAAAGUAUAAGAGAGAAACUGUUAAUGAGUAUCAUAAUAAAAUGCUUGAAAUGAAGAAUCAUUGUCUCUCUGAUGUUCAGGACCUUAACGAUAAGCUUUUCAAUGCUGGAUAUGUAUACCCUAAACGAGGUGGAAAGACAAAUGUUGCUGAGGAAGUUACUGCAGGGGCAGUUCCUAAAGCCUAAAGCAACCAAGGGUA